GCAGCUUCAACAGUUCAUCGCCUGGCAGAGCUGCAGCUCUUACUUGUUCGCUGAAUUCCUUCUACCGUCUUUCAUCUUUGGCGCUGUUCCAAGCGUCGAGAUCCUCACCAGCUUUACCUGCCUGCAUCAUCGAGGCUAGCUGAUUCGUGCAUUUCUUUUCAUCCUGCUGAACAGCUUUCCGCUCUGAGCACGGGAUUCCUUUGCCUCUCCAUCCUCAUCCACCCUCCCCAGGCCGCUAUCAUGGCCGAGAUAGAUCACCGCAUGGGCAGUGUCAGGCCUCGAUUGACCUACAACACAAUUGGUGGUGUCAAUGGCCCUCUGGUCAUCCUCGACAAUGUCAAAUUCCCUAGAUAUAACGAGAUUGUCAGUCUGACUCUACCCGAUGGCUCGUCGAGGUCCGGUCAAGUCCUGGAGGCAAGAGGCAACAGAGCAGUCGUGCAGGUGUUUGAGGGUACGACUGGUAUCGAUGUAAAGAAGACGAAAGUCGAAUUCACAGGUCACAGCUUGAAGAUUGGCGUCUCAGAGGACAUGCUUGGUCGAAUCUUUGAUGGAUCCGGAAGAGCUAUAGACAAAGGUCCUAAAGUGCUGGCAGAGGAUUAUCUCGAUAUCAAUGGCAGUCCCAUCAAUCCAUAUUCGCGGGUUUACCCCGAAGAAAUGAUCUCAACAGGUAUCUCUGCCAUCGACACCAUGAACUCGGUCGCUCGAGGUCAAAAGAUUCCCAUCUUCUCUGCAGCCGGUCUGCCUCACAAUGAGAUCGCCGCGCAGAUUUGUCGGCAAGCUGGUUUAGUGCACCAGCCCAACAAGGGCGUCCACGAUGGGCACGAAGAGAACUUCAGCAUUGUUUUUGCUGCGAUGGGUGUCAACAUGGAAACAGCUCGAUUCUUCACCCGAGACUUCGAAGAGAACGGCUCAAUGGAAAGAGUUACACUGUUCUUGAACUUGGCCAGCGAUCCCACCAUCGAACGGAUUAUCACACCACGACUAGCCCUGACAACCGCCGAAUACUACGCAUAUCAGCUCGAGAAACACGUCCUGGUCAUUCUUACAGAUCUCUCAGCAUACUGCGACGCACUCCGAGAAGUGUCGGCCGCCCGAGAAGAAGUGCCUGGAAGGCGUGGUUACCCUGGUUAUAUGUACACUGACCUGUCUACCAUCUAUGAGCGAGCGGGCCGUGUGGAAGGGCGAAAUGGAUCGAUUACCCAAAUUCCUAUCCUGACGAUGCCGAACGACGAUAUCACUCAUCCCAUUCCCGACUUGACCGGCUACAUCACGGAAGGACAGAUUUUCGUGGACCGAGGACUCUACAACAAGGGUAUCUAUCCACCCAUCAACGUCUUGCCUUCGCUAUCUCGUCUGAUGAAAUCUGCCAUUGGUGAGGGCCUGACCAGGAAAGACCAUGGUGAUGUGUCCAAUCAACUGUAUGCCAAAUACGCCAUUGGUCGUGACGCUGCUGCUAUGAAGGCUGUCGUGGGUGAGGAAGCUCUGAGUUCCGAAGAUAAAUUGUCGCUCGAAUUUUUGGACAAGUUUGAGAAACAAUUCAUCGCACAGAGCCCAUACGACAAGCGGUCGAUCUUUGACAGUCUGGAACUUGGAUGGAACUUGCUUCGAAUCUUCCCCAAGGAACUACUCAACCGUAUCAACCCCAAGAUCCUGGACGAGUUUUACGCCAGAAAGAGUCAUGGUAAAGAGAGACCAGGCAACAAGGAUACGAGGGACAAUGAGGGCGGUGGGAAGCAGGUCAACGGCGAGCCAAACUUGCUAGAUGAUUAAAGGGGACAUGGACAAGGACGCGUUUGUACUUCUCAACGAGUGAAUCCCAAUGGAAGCAUGUUUUCACUGGCUGUCGGGAGCGUGGGUUCUUGCGUACAACAGUACAUAGAAUUAUAAGAUAAUCGGCAAGAAGGAGUUUCUCGGACAUUGUCUUGUUCUUUGCAAAUCCCUUUGCUGAUACAAGG